CAUAUCAGCUGUAUCAGCGAGAGGAGUACUGACCUAAUUUGGAGAGCAGGGGACAACAAGAGACGAGGCUACACAUCGGAACGAGCAGCUGAAGAGAAAGUCUACCAUUUUUUGUUUGUCCGGAGGAAGCUGUGCGUGGGACAGAGAAAAGCUACAUCAGCCUGUCUGCGGAGAAGCCGAUGCAGAGCUGACUGCUCCUGCUGAGAGAGGAGGAGGAAGAAACAAGUCAAAGAGAGAGAAUUUGCCAGAUGUAAGAGGAGGAGAGAGAGAGAGGGCGGGCGAGGGUUUCGGUGACAGAGAUCAUUGUUCUGCAACAAACCCCUCGUGGGUGAACUGGCCAUUAAAAAGUCAGUAAUGGCCAAGCUGUCAUCAGCCCAGGUGACCGUGUGCACCUGAGCGUUACUGCUGCAGCACAGUGAAAGUCACCACGUGCCUCAGGGCAGCUGCUGCAUGGUUUAAAAAAAAUCCAGGCUGCCGGAUCCUAACUGAUUCCUGCACAUUUUCUGCACUGGAUCAUUUUCACCUGGAGCUUUUUCCCCUUUUGGGCGUUCUCUAGGGAGAGAAAAAUAAGCAAAAGCGGGAUACGGAGCAGUUUGGAUAUUUGGACAGACUGAGCCGGUGACUACAGCAGAGAAAGAGACUGCUCGGUGCUCCAGUGUCACGUGCAGGAAUGCAGAUUUGAAUAAGGAAUCAGACCAGCAAUCCAGCCUAGUGUUGGAGCAGCUGAGCCUGUGAAGGCCCCUGAGGCGGCCAUGUUGGAUCUCUUCGUCAGAGUGCUGGUGUUGGCCCGUCUUCACCUGUCACCUCACAGCACCUUCCUGCCAACCUAACUCCUCACUCCUUUCUUCCUUCACCUUUCUUCCACUGCUGGAUUGGGGGAAAGGUCCUUGUAGAAAAUGUCCUAUGCACACCACAAGCUGCUCACCUGGUGCUUACCUCACCUCCUCCUCCUACCGCUGACCUACCUCUGGCUCCUGGCUCUUCCCACAGGUGUGUCAGCAAAUCACUGCCGGGUCACCGGUGGAGUUCUGGGCAUCCAUUGGAGCAGCAUCAUAAGCCUGGGUUGGUACCCUCUAGCAGAUGGGAGAGCCGGAGCGAGGUGUUGGGAGUUCUGCUGCCUGGAGCCAAAGUGCAAUGCUGUUUGGAGUCUCGGCGGUCGCUGUGUGUUUCUUAGCUGCUCGCGUGAAGGAGGCUGCCCCAUCUCUAUCCUGCCUCAGCCCCACGAGGAGUCCCUCGGUCUCCUGCAGCUGCUUUCCAAGGUCCCUGUCAGUGUGAGGCGGAGAGCGAUUCGCCGUGCACCACCUACAGGAAGCCACAGAAUACACAAAAGACCCCAUAUCCGCUCGGGAAGCUCCAACACAGAGGCGGUUCUGCCAACAUCAGCAGCACCCAGCACCAUCGCUCUCAUCCAAGUCUCCCAAAAGAACAUCAGCCAGAUAACGAAUGGGAGUUCAGGCACGCCUCCUGCUCCAUCGCCGCAGAACUCAACGAUCAACGUCGCCCUUGAUGCUGCUGCAUCGUCUUCCAAUGACAGCGAUGUCAGCGCGCCCACAGCAGCUUCUUCGACCAUCAACACAACCCCGACACAGGCCGUGAGGGAGCUGGUGGUAUCAGCAGGAGAGAGUGUGGAGGUAACGCUGCCCCUCAACGAGGUCAAACUUUACGCCUAUGUGGUCCCAACGCCCCCAAAUGGGACAAACUAUGCAUUUGACUGGCGUCUAAAAACUCAUCCCAAAGAUUACAGCGGGGAGAUGGAGGGGAAGCACAGCAAGACUCUGAAACUCAGCAAGCUGACCGUGGGCCUGUACGAGUUUGAGGUGACAGUGGACGGGGAGGGCGCCCACGGAGAAGGUUACGUUAAUGUUACAGUCAAACCAGAGCCACGGGUAAACAAGCCUCCUGUUGCCGUAGUUUCCCCAAAGUUCCAGGAGAUCUCCUUGCCAACCAGCUCUACGGUGAUAGACGGCAGCCAGAGCACUGAUGAUGACAAGGUGGUGGCGUGGCACUGGGAAGAGGUCAAAGGUCCUCUGAGGGAGGAGAAGGUCUCUGCUGACACCCCUGUACUCAAACUCACCAGCCUUGUGCCUGGGAACUACACAUUUAGUUUGACAGUAACUGACUCGGACGGAGCUACAAACUCAACGCAGGCCACGCUCUCCGUUAACAAAGCCAAGGACUAUCGACCUGUGGCCAACGCCGGCCCGAUCCAGGUCAUCCAGUUACCACGCAACUCCAUCACUCUGUAUGGCAACCAAAGCACCGACGAUCACGAUUCCCUGUCCUAUGAGUGGUCCCUCAGCCCAGAGAGCAAAGACAAAGUGGUGGAGAUGCAGGGUGUACGGACACCCAUCCUACAGUUGUCAGCAAUGCAAGAGGGAGACUACACCUUCCAGCUGACUGUGACGGACUCAGCUGGACAGCAGGACACUUCUCAGGUCACCGUCAUCGUGCAGCCAGAAAAUAAUAAACCACCAGUAGCAGAUGCGGGACCUGAGAAAGAGCUGACGCUGCCAAUGGAUCACACCACACUGUAUGGCAAUAAGAGCCACGAUGACCAGAAGAUAGCCACCUAUCACUGGACAAAGACCAGUGGUCCCGAUGGUGUGAAGAUUGAAAAUGCAGACAGCGCCGUUGCCACGGUGACAGGUCUCAAGGUCGGCACAUAUGAGUUUACCCUGACAGUAACUGAUGAGAGGAAGCUGGAGAGCAGCGACACUGUCACGGUCAUCGUUAAGGAAGAAAAGGACCAACCGCCAGUGGCUCGUGUUGUGUCGAGUCCACCCAUCUCUUUGCCUGUCAGGACCACCACUUUGGAUGGAUCUCAGUCCACUGAUGACAAAGGUGGACUCAGCUACCUGUGGACCAGAGAAGACACCAGUCCUGCUGCUGGGGAUGUGCUGAACAGCUCCGACCACCAGGCAGUGCUGUUUCUCGGAAACCUGGUGGAGGGCAAAUACAGCUUCAUCCUGACUGUAACUGACAGCAAAGGACAAAGCAGCAAGGGGAGGGGCACAGUGGAGGUCAAACCAGACGUGCGGGAGCGGGACCUGGUGGAACUGGUGUUGGAGGUCUCCGUAUCGCAGGUGUCCCAACGUCAGCGCGACAUGCUGCUGCGACAGGUUGGGGUUUUACUGGGUGUGCUCGACAGCGACAUCAUUGUGCGAGAGAUCAGUGCAUUUAAUGAGCACAGUACUCGUUUGGUCUUCCUGGUGUCCGGCGGCCCGGGGCGCCCUCCGCUGUCGGGCCGUAAUGUUGCACUCGGCCUGCGCAACAAACUGCGUAAACAGAAGAAUGACUUCCUCAUCUUCAAAGCCCGACGAGUGGAUACAGUCAUCUGCCAGCUGAACUGCUCCGGCCACGGCGAGUGUGACUCAUUCACGCGGCGCUGCGUCUGUCACCCUUUCUGGAUGGAAAAUUUUAUCAGAACUCAGUUCGGAGACGCAGAGAGCAACUGUGAGUGGAGCGUGCUCUAUGUGACGAUAGCAUCCUUUAUGAUUGUGGUUGCUGCGGCAACAUUUGUAUGGGGGAUAGUUUGUUGCUGCAACAGGCGUAAGAGCAAAGUGCGCAGGAGUAAAAGUCGAUACAAAAUGCUAGAAGCUGAUGAGCAGGACUGUUUGGAGCUGCAACUGCCAAGAGCUGCACGCCUGAAGCCUGUUCCCGCUCCCACUUCCUCUGCCCUCAUGCACUCGGACUCUGACCUGGACAGUGACGAAGGGCAGGGCGGGAUCCCGUGGACGGAUCAGGAGCGCGGGCAGCUUCUGAGGCCUCAGAACGGCUCCCUGAGGAACGGCCAGGGGCCGGUGAGGGCCAAGAAGCAGAGAGAGGAGCGGCUAUAGCAAGAGAGGAGGGGGGAGCUCACAGCUGCCCUCACACAGCUCUUCCCCUUCACCCCUCCUCUUUCCCCUUCGUUGGUCUUCAACACAAAAACCUCACACUUCUCCUCCGUGAAGACAGACUGGCAGAUACCCGAGUUAGGAAGAGGGAGAGAGGAGGAGAUGCUGGAACCGUGUUGUCCCACUGUCACAGAAAAAACACCACGAUACUGAAGCUUCCCUGCACCCACACUGAGCCAGAACGACGUGAAAAAGAAACUGCCAUUACACUGAGAACCAGGGGUGAGCACUGUGUUUUGAAUGACAUAAAAUAUUAAUUAGACCCCUAUUAUUUAACACAGAGACAUAAAGAAUGUAGUGCUGCCCCUCUCCUGCUGCUGGCUUACAAAGGUUGGGAGACUGUGUGAGAGGAAGUAGCUCGAGUGACUUUUUAAGAUGAGGAAUGACAUGAAAACCAGCCACCUGACACGCUCACACCUUGCGUCUUGUAGACACGCAUGUACAAACACGUUGUAUUCACACCGUUUCAGGUCGACCUGAUGCUACCAAACACUGCCAUUUUUAAAUUAAUGGUUAACUUUGCUCUGAUUGUUUCUGUUCAUCUGAAGAAGGAGGGAGAGGGGAAAAAAAAAGACAACCAAACAACCAAAACUGAUCUGAGCUGCCAACAGCUCGGAGAAACCACCUCAGAAAAUAUUUUAAAUAAUUUAUGUGCAUGAAGAGCGACAGAUUGCAGCUCUGGUACAACCUGAUACGAUCGGCUGCAUGUUUGUAUGUCAGGUAUAUGUUUGGAUUUCUGUGGCUGCUGUGCCAAAAGAUGUUUCCUCAGAGCAGUUUGUAUGCUUUUUUUUUUUUUCUCCUUUUUUUAUGUUUUUAUGAACCCACAGAAGAGUCACAGUGUUGUAAGGUUUUAUUCUAAAGGCUUCUUUGUGGAUUAAAUUACUGGAGUACACAACUGUAACAAAGGUGGUCUCAGCGGGGAAGCCAGUUGGGAGAAAGAUGAAGAACAGGAGACGGAAGGACAGAACGCUGCUUCCUCAUCACCUUUGUUAAUGUGAUGACUGCUUCAACCCUGAAGACCACAGAGUUUUUGUUACUGUUUUUACAAACAACCUUUUGGCUGUGAUUAGACGUGGAUGCACUUUGAUUUUAAUGUCUGCUGUCUCACUUUGUCUCUUGUUGGUUUUAAAAAAAAACGGGAGAGGUUCGUAUGUGACGGUUGGAAGUUGGGAGGUUCAGCCAUAAACGCAGGACUUUGCGGUACUGAAUAUGUAGGAAGAACAUCCAUCAAAGUUAUCCAGUGAAGAAAGAUACAAAUCAGACAGUGUUAACAAUUUUAAGUUCAUUCAGUUCUUUGUCCGUGGUCAUAUUGCUGAGAUAUUACUUAUAAAGAGCCAGAGGAGGCACAGCACUGGGACAUGGGCAGAAGUCAGUAAUGUAAUUCUCCAUGCUUUACGCUCAUCUCCAUGAUGCAAGCAGCUCUAAAUUUUGCAGACUCGCAGCACACUUGUUAAAGAAUCCAAAGAGCGAGAUGUGCUGUUGUUAAAAUUCUGUGCAUUGAGGAUUAUGGCUGCCAGUGUCACUGAUAAUAAUGCAAUGAGCUGACAAAGUUCAUACCAUUGUAACCCUAAGAACAGGGUGUGUAUUUUAUUUUAUUUUUUAAUCCUGGGAAUACUUUUGCAGUUUCUGUGAGAUUAUAGCAGUCAGUCGUGAUUUAUUUGCUUCUAAAGAGGACAAGCAUACCUUUUUUACUGCUCAUUUUUUAACAAACUGAAUGUUUAAAUCUGUCAAAAAGCCAAGUCACAAGUCACAAUAUCAUUUUUCUGGAUUUAAUGGUAUUCAUCCUCUUCAGUCUGACCAUUAAAAGAUCUUCUUUUAAAGUGAUUUUGAUGUUAUGGAGUUGGAGUAAACAUCCACAGGCCCUGUGCUGUGCAAAAACAUAGAUUAGUGUUUUUUAGCAAGGUUAAAAAAGUUAAAUCAGUUUAUUUCUUCCAAAGUUUUAAUUUUUUUAAUUAUAGGCAACUCUGUGUAUUUUGAACAGUGUCAUUAUUAGGCAUACAGAAACAUUAAGGGUUUGUACUAUAAUGGUUGUAAAAUUAAAGUUGAUGGAGGGUUAAAGUUGGCUGGGAGCUGCAGAUCUCAAGCUGACUCGGAUGUGAGAAAAAUCUUUGAAGCUUUUGAUCAGAAAAGGUAAAAUAUGUUUCCUAUUUUCUAAUGUAAACUUCCUUUAAGUAUACGAGUGAGCUGCGCAUCCGAUCGGCGAUAAAACCGUACUAAAUCCCGAAAACAAAUUAUUUCUUCCCACGGACAGGACAUGAGCAGGAGGUUAAUCUGAAGGAUGUUUGCGUACGCUUUGAGCAGAUUACCAGAAAUAAACCACAAACGGGGCCCAGCAGGAAGGCUUUGUUUGUUCAUCAGCAGUAAUCUGAGGUGUUUCUUGGCUGGACCGUACCGACAGACAAACUUUAGCAGAAUGACUCUCCCCGAUGUAUCAUCUCACAGCGUGAUUGCUUUGCAUGCAGAAUGUGAAACUGACACCUGUAAGUCCUCAUCUGGAGGCACACUUUUCUAUGUUUGUUGUUGAAUGUUAAAAGGGUACAUCAUUGAUUCAGUUCAGUCUGUACUCUGUGCGAAAUAAGCUGGGGUUUGUUUUUGUUUUUUUCUCAAAUUACCGCAAAAAGUCAUCUCAUGCCAAUGUUGGAUCUGCUGCACUAAAUGUGUUUUAUUCGCACCUGCUAAAUUUAUCGGGCCAUCUUUUUUUGCCCUCCUGUGGGAGACAAAUUAAAAUCAAGCACACCCAAGUGCCAUCAACAUCAAACCACUGAAAAAAUCUCAUGUUGUCUUCAUGUUUUAUUUUGUUUUUUUUUAUGGGGGGGGGGAAUAACAGCCAAAUUGUUCUGAUGUACUCAUCUUUUUUUUUCUUUUCUUUUCUUUUUUUUUUUUUGGACUCCCAAAGCUCCUUUUAAAAGGAGGACACAAAAAUGUUGCAUUUCUUCUGUUACGUUUGGGAUUUCUUUAGAUGCAAGUGAACUGACCUCGACUCCAAGAGUCCACUGUGAAGGCAGAGAUAAAUGAGGCAAAACUGUUAAAUGAAAGGGGUGUAAUUGUUUUGUGUGGGUUUUUUUUUUUUGGUUUUUUUUUAGUAUUUUAUUAUUAAUAAAGUUUUAGUGAAGGAUGACCCCUUCUUUUGUUCUGUGAUCCUGCUGAUGCAACUGGAUAA